AUGCCGCUGAAUUACUAUCAACUCAAGCAGCGACUGAUGGUGGAAUACAACGGUACUUUCAUAUUUAGUGACAGUACAAGAAUAUCUAACGUGGCGGAGCAGGUGCGUCGUUUCUACGAUGCGGAUGUUGUGAUUGGGCCGCACGGCGCCAAUCUCGCAAACGUCAUGUGGAUGCGUCACGGAACGCAUGUGAUCGAGAUAAUGUCGUACACGUACGGAAACAUGUGCUACUACAACACGGCGAGUGUAGUAAACGUGACGCAUCAUGCUAUUUUUCAUAAGAGAGGGAAAGAUGACCCCUACACGUUGCUUUACGAUGAUCUCCAGCGUCACGUUGACUAUGCGGUCAAUGCACUUCGGAUUGCGUUUUGA